AUGAAAGCUUAUACCGUUGCCCUCGCUCUACUCUCCGCCGCAAGACAGGCAGCUGCACACGGCUAUGUCUCCGGCAUCGUGGUGAACGGCGUCUGGUACCGUGGCUGGCUCCCGAGUGAAGAUCCGUACAAUUCAGACCCCCCUGUCAACAUCGGCUGGCAGACACCUAACCUCUCGAACGGCUUUGUGACCCCCGACGAGACCAGCACCGACGCCAUCAUCUGUCACACCAAUGCUACCAACGCCGCGGGCCAUGCUACAGUUGCCGCCGGAGAUCGCAUCUAUAUCCAGUGGGAACCAAACCCCUGGCCAGAGAGCCAUCACGGGCCUGUCUUGGAUUACCUCGCCAACUGCGGAGAGAGCUGCGAGACGGUCGACAAGACAACUCUCGAGUUCUUCAAGAUCGAUGGCCCCGGUCUGAUCGACGGUUCCACCGUCCCUGGUGUCUGGGCCGACGACCAACUAAUCGCGAACGGAAAUGGCUGGCUCGUUGAGAUCCCCGAGAGUAUUGCGCCUGGAAACUAUGUCCUCCGCCACGAGAUCAUCGCCCUGCACGGCGCUGGCAGCGAGAAUGGCGCGCAGCUUUAUCCUCAAUGUCUCAACCUUGCGAUUACCGGCUCUGGAACCGUUGCGCCGUCUGGGACUCUGGCGACGGAUUUCUAUACCCCGACUGAUCCCGGUAUUUUGAUCAGUAUUUACGAGACCCUGACUGAGUAUAUUGUGCCUGGACCGGAGAUUAUUCCCCAGGGUGUGGUUAUUGAGCAGGCGUCGUCUGCUAUUACGGCCACUGGAACACCGACACCGGCGUAG